CGAGAUCCUGUCAUUGCACUCCAGCCCGGGCAACAAGAACAGAACUUCAUCUCAAAAGAGAGAAAAAAAAAAGAUAAAUUGAUCUCUGAUUUACUCAGUACUAUAACCCCAUUUAAGUAGUUUGAAGAGAUUAGGGUUAAGCCCUACUAUUUUUGGUAUGCUUCCAGUAGUUGCCACUUUAAACAAUUUUUGAAAUACUUUAGGCAUAAAAAAGGAUAUAGAACGAUAUGAUAAAUUUCAUACACCUACUACCUAAAGUAAUAGAAAUCACAGUUAUUGUUGAAGCUUGUUGGGCACCCCUUCCCCAUCCUAAUCCCCUCCCUUCCCAGCUGUGACCAUUAUUCUCAGUUCGUAUUUAUCAUUCUCCCCCUGCAUUUUUACAAACUUUUUCUAUGUGUAUAUGUAUCCGCUGAAAAAAAGUAACAGUCUUUGGAUUGCAGGGAAAACUAAAAAGUAUAAUGUUUUAUAUGUUUUUAAACUUUGUAUAAGAGGUUAAACUUAAUUGGCACAUGUAGUUAUAGUUGACUCAUUUUAAAUGCUGUAAAUAUUUGGUAUAAUGGAAUGUGAAAGUAAUAUAUGUUUUUGGUAGAGAAUUUUAAAAAUAAAGGGAAGUAUGAAGAUGAUAAAAAUCUGUAGCCUAGCUAUCCAAUACCACAGUCAAUAUUUUGUUUUUUUUCCUUUGUGUCUUCUCUUCCCAUUUAAAUGUAUGUAUUUUUUGGUACUCUUUAAUAUAGAAGGGACCCGGUUUUAAGGAUUAUGUAAAAUUGCAAAACGGUUACAUAAAGCCUGUAAUCCCAUUUUAAUUGAUUCUUAGUUGAAAAGGGAAAGAAAGUGAAUGAGCAUUAUAUAUCAGACAUACCUUCUAAAUUUACUACCUAUACCAGAUAUUGAUAGUCUGUUUCUUAGUAUGCAAACACUGUGGAAGUGGCAUCUGGAAAGAGUUGUAUUGCUGAACAUGCUUUUAAAUUUAUAUGAGAUGUUUCUAGUAAACCGAUUUUCCAGAUAGGUGAUGCUUAUCUCAUUAAACAUUAAGUACUGUUUUGGUUUUAACCAUUUUUUAUGGGAAACAGGAAAAGCAGAAGAAGCCCACAAGUAUUUCUGUGCUCAUUAAGCCAGAAUACUGUGGUGUGUUUACAAUUUUAUCUUUUCUUGGCAAUUCGAUGUCACUGUGGAAAGCACUGAUUUACUGAACUGCAUUGUGACUCCUGUUGUUCUAAAUGCCUUUGAACUCUUGUGCACUUUUUAGUUAGAUCUUUAUUAACAUCCUAUGCCACUACAGGGAGGGAGCUGGAAAAGCAUGAUACACAAUUUAAGACAAGUGCCAACAAAGGCUAGUGUUGGCAAAUGAGCUCCACCAAACCAUUGUUUAAAGUGAAGAAGCAGCGGUCUGAGGCAUUUCUCUCACCAGUGGUGGUAGGGGGAGGCCUCCACCAGCAUCAGGGAAUCUUCACUGGAUGCAGCUGACCCACCCUCCUGACUGCUCAGUCUUUUCCCACCACUGUUCAUCCUUUAUUUACAUUCAGAUGUGUUCAGCACUAGAGAUGAGCUGGCUGUAUUUAUGUGGGUCUGUUUCUGGGCUCCCUUUUCUGUUACAUUGGCCUAUUUGUCUGUUGUUUCACCUAUAUCACACUAUCUUGAUUACUGUAGCUUUAUGUAGAACUUCAUGGAGGAACACGGAGUGACCCAAACUGAACAUAUGGCUACCAUAGAAGCACAUGCAGUGGCCCAGCAAGUGCAGCAGGUCCAUGUGGCUACUUACACUGAGCACAGUAUGCUGAGUGCUGAUGAAGACUCGCCUUCUUCUCCUGAGGACACCUCUUACGAUGACUCAGAUAUACUCAACUCCACAGCAGCUGAUGAGGUAACAGCUCAUCUGGCUGCUGCAGGUCCUGUGGGAAUGGCCGCUGCUGCUGCUGUGGCAACAGGAAAGAAACGGAAACGGCCUCAUGUAUUUGAGUCUAAUCCAUCUAUCCGGAAGAGGCAACAAACACGUUUGCUUCGGAAACUUCGAGCUACAUUAGAUGAAUAUACUACUCGCGUGGGACAGCAAGCUAUUGUCCUCUGUAUCUCACCCUCCAAACCCAACCCUGUCUUUAAAGUGUUUGGGGCAGCACCUUUGGAGAAUGUGGUGCGUAAGUACAAGAGCAUGAUCCUGGAAGACCUGGAGUCUGCUCUGGCAGAACACGCCCCUGCGCCACAGGAGGUUAACUCAGAACUGCCACCUCUCACCAUCGACGGAAUUCCAGUCUCUGUGGACAAAAUGACCCAGGCUCAGCUUCGGGCAUUUAUCCCAGAGAUGCUCAAGUACUCCACAGGUCGGGGAAAACCAGGCUGGGGGAAAGAAAGCUGCAAGCCCAUCUGGUGGCCUGAAGAUAUCCCCUGGGCAAAUGUCCGGAGUGAUGUUCGCACGGAAGAGCAAAAGCAGAGGGUUUCAUGGACCCAGGCACUACGGACCAUAGUUAAAAACUGUUAUAAACAGCAUGGGCGGGAAGACCUUUUGUAUGCCUUCGAAGACCAGCAAACGCAAACACAGGCCACAGCCACACACAGUAUAGCUCAUCUUGUACCGUCCCAGACCGUAGUCCAGACCUUUAGUAACCCUGAUGGCACUGUCUCACUUAUCCAGGUUGGUACAGGGGCAACAGUAGCCACACUGGCUGAUGCUUCAGAAUUGCCAACCACAGUCACCGUUGCCCAAGUGAAUUAUUCUGCCGUGGCUGAUGGAGAGGUGGAACAAAAUUGGGCCACGUUACAGGGAGGUGAGAUGACCAUCCAGACGACGCAAGCAUCAGAGGCCACCCAGGCAGUGGCAUCAUUGGCAGAGGCCGCAGUGGCAGCUUCUCAGGAGAUGCAGCAGGGAGCUACAGUCACCAUGGCGCUUAACAGCGAAGCUGCCGCCCAUGCUGUCGCCACCCUGGCUGAGGCCACCUUACAAGGUGGGGGACAGAUCGUCUUGUCUGGGGAAACCGCAGCAGCCGUUGGAGCACUUACUGGAGUCCAAGAUGCUAAUGCCAUCAGUAUUUUUCUUGCAACUAAAGAUAUUUCCAUGACCAACUUGGAAGGACUUCGGGCUGAAAGAUUCAGUUACAGCAAACAACAAUUCCCAAAGGUUUCCCAGACUGUGAGGGCAAAUGAAAGGCCCAUUCUUCCUCAGGCUGUCUGUCCUGCUCUAUCUUGUCGUGGGGUGAGGGGAGGGCCAGCUCUGGUGCUGGAUAACUUCAACAGCCCUGCAGCCCUGUGCUCUGCUUGGCUCAAGCCUGUUAGUUUCUGGAGGAGUUCAGAAAUAUAUCAGGGUGAUGACAUCACAUCAGACUGCUCUGAUCGUAUUUUCAACACUCUUACUACUUGAGGAGUGGUUUUGCCUGGUUGCUUAUUGACCAAUGUGCUAGAUUAGCAACUGCUUCGUCUACGUCAUGGUGCAGUGCCAGUGCCAGUCCUGACCAUCACUGUGUUUCAGACGGGAAGCUGCCUGCCAGUCCAUCUGCCCUGAUUUCAUGGCUUUUAUCUCUCAUCUUUACAUCUUUGAAGGCCUUUGACGAAUGAUGUGCUUCCUGGCAGGAGAAAAUCACUGCUGAAAGGAGAUCUGUGCUGUCUCUGCUUUUCUUUCUGUUUUCUGAGAGCUUUAGUCUAACAUUUGUGACCCCAGCCAGACUCCAUCAAACUUCGUACUCAAAGUCAUCUUUGAAAAGCAGUGGCGUUUAUUAUAUACCUACUACGUGCCAAGCACUGUAGUAGAUUUUACUGUGUCAUCCCCCCUCUAGUUCAGCAGCGCUGUGAGAUGAGUGAUCACCAUUUUAUAUAUGAGGAAACAGGCUCACAAGCCAUUAAAUAGCAGAACCAAGAUUCACAUGUAGGUCUUUCUGACUCAGAAGCCUUUAAUGGAAAUAAACAGCCUGGUUUUUUCUCACUUAAAAUGCACCUGAACUACAGCACCAUAAGAAUGUUGUGGAGAAAAUUCGGCUUCAUUCUGGAUCAGAGUCAAAGCUGUUAAGGCUGUUCGGUCUGUGGAGGGCAAGACUAAAGGGAGUACCACCAAGUUUCUGAAAAUUAUGAAGAGUAUGAUCAGUUACACAUUUUCAUAUCAUAUUCAAUUAUUGAGCACCUAUUGUGUUCAAGUUGCUCAGCAUUCAAAGACAGUCCUGCCAACAAUGCAAGCUUGCAGAUUUACAGAGAGAAAAGCAGCAACUCCUUGGGAACAGGUCAGCACAUACCUGGGGCCAAAUGAAUGGUGGUAGCAAAAAAGUCACAGGAGGGAGAAACCUGGUGGGCUGUCCCCUCAGGCAACCCCAUGCACUGUGUGGAAACUGUCAGAAGAACUGGACUGAGAGUGGCAGGGCGUAACUCCAGACAGAGGAACCUGCCUGAGGAAGCUCACAUGGUACCCAGGGGACGUGGUUGUAAUGAGGGGACAGUGUAAGGCGUUUGUGGGAAAGGCUAUGUAAACUCCUUCAACUGUUAGCUAUUUGCACUUUAUUUUCCUGAUAGGAGGAAGCAAAGGAAUUUUUUUGGUGGGAUGGGACGGCUUUUGCCAAACUAUAUUUGAAGAUGUAGUUAACCAUUUUAUAUAUACUUCUUCAUCCAAUAAUACUGAAUACUGAAAGUAGUUAACCUUGGGAAAAAUAAAUUCCCCCAAAUAAAUAAAUUCCAUUUCCACAUAUACGUGCACAUAUGUGUAUAUAUGUAAAUUCCAUAUACAAUAGGCAAGUGAUGAAACUCACUGCCCCAGGAGAGAUCUGGAAUAGAGUAGAUUGGCUCGUGAAUGAUAAAUCCACAUAGUGUGCAAGGCUGUGACCCUAACCUUUAAAGUAACUGUCAUUGGCGCCCCUGGUCUACCACAGUGUUCCCCUGGUGCCGCCAUCAGAGACAGACCACUGUAAAGCAUCAUGCCCCUCGCUCUGCAGCGUGCAAGGCCAUGCUUCUGAGUAGAUACAAUCUGCCUCCCAUGUAAUGUGAUUUGAGAGGCAUCACUUUGUAUGGAAGUUUUAAAAGAUUCCUUUGGCAAGUGCUAAGGUAGGCUGAUCACAAAGGAAGGCAAAGGAUGGCAGUGUUUGUCUGGGGAGGCAGGAGGAAAAGUGUUGAAUUUGGGGUCUGUAUUCAAAGGGAGAGAAUAGCUGGUGUGUUGGAUGUGAAGUCAAGGAUGACUUCAAAGACUUCAAAGCUUUUGGCCUGAGCAACUAGAAGAAUGUCAUUGCCAUUUAUUUGGGAAAAGCAUGUUUCACCAUUUUGGCUCAAAAAUGAUACACA